UCGACGACACACGGGCAAAAUUAAACUUUUUAACCGACUUCUCUUGGUGACGCAUAUCAGAGAGAGAGAGAGACAGACAGAAUUAGAGUGUCUUUCGAUUUUAUGGGUCGAGACUGCUCGCGAUGAUUCUUAAGCCGAGUGGACGCGAUCUCUUCUCGCUUAUUGUGAAGUGUUAACUGUGAUUUUGUUGAGGCGUCACUAUGGAUAAUAUCGCCAUAAAUAAUCUCGGUAUUAAUUUACCUGAGGAAAGAGGAUGGGAUUACAAGCAGAUCUGCGUCACCAGAGUUCCCGGAUUCGGUUUCGGGAUUGCGGUGUCUGGCGGAAGAGACAAUCCGCAUUUUGCCUCCGGUGAUCCAAGUAUUGCUGUCAGCGAUGUUUUGGCUGCUGGACCAGCUGAGAGAUUGCUACAGGUAAAUGACAGGAUCAUUUCUGUCAACGGAAUCUCUUUACAAAAUGUGGAUUACGCCACAGCGGUCCAAGUGUUACGCGACAGUGGCGACACCGUCACCUUGGUGGUUAAAAGGCGAGCAUUGCAACUGUCGCAUGCUCACAGCUCCUCUUAUAGCGGACCUCCUCCAUUGGCCGCCUUAGGAAUCAAUCCUCCCACAACCACCAAAAUAAUUUUGACUAAGAACUCCAAAAAAGAGGAUUUUGGAGUGGUGUUGGGCUGUAAGCUGUUCAUUAAGGAAAUCUCUUCAAAAGCUCGUGAUCAGUUGAUUAAUACCAAUCAAUCGUUAGACUUAGGCAGCUUUGUCACCAAGAUCAACAAUACCAACUGUAACGAUCUGAUGUCAUUAAAGGAAGCGAAGAAGAUCAUCGAUAGUUGCAAGGACAAAUUGCAUCUCACGGUGGCAUCGAGGGAAUAUGUAGGGCCGUCGAAUAUUUCACAUCAGGCUCAGAGUUCUAUAAGUACUACAGGUGCUGUCAAUAAUUUUUAUAAAGGUGAUGAUUUCCUGACUUCCCCGAACCAGAGUUACUCCAAUCAGAAUUUAUAUGUUCAACCACCUACCAGGAGUUCCAACCAUACUCAAAACAAUUCUUACGAUGAAAAAGCUGAUCCGAUAGCUGCAUUAAGUGGACCUAACUCUCUAAAUGACGAAAAAUCAAACUUGGCUCCUCGAGGACGAUCUAGAGGGCCUUUAUCUGAAGCAAAUCUAAAUCAACUGGAUACGAGGAACAGCAAUAGCUUACAGGGUUAUGAUAGGGCGAAGAGUAGAGAUGAACCACCAAGACCACCACCUCCUAGAGCAGAAGAUUACUAUAGUUCUAGAAGACAGCUAUAUGAAGAUGAUCCUAUUAUUCCAAAAACCAAACAACCUAUUCCUGACGCGAGGUUUAUCACAUUCCACAAAGAAGGAUCAGUAGGAAUCAGAUUAACUGGAGGCAACCACGCCGGUAUCUUUGUCACCGCAGUCCAACCAGGAAGUCCCGCUUCCUUACAAGGACUACAACCAGGAGAUAAAAUACUUAAAGUGAAUGACAUGGAUAUGACAGGGGUUACUAGGGAGGAAGCGGUGUUGUUUCUAUUAAGUUUACAGGAUCGGAUCGAGUUAAUUGUGCAGUUUUGUAAGGAGGAGUAUGACAGCAUCGUUGCUUCUCAAAAAGGAGACAGUUUUUACAUAAAAACUCACUUUCACUACGACAACCCCGCCAAAGGUGAAAUGUCCUUUAGAUCCGGGGACAUUUUCCAUGUCAUUGACACCUUAUACAAUGGGGUGGUCGGGUGUUGGCAAGUGUUUAGAAUAGGUCGAAACAAUCAGGAGGUGCAAAAGGGAAUUAUUCCAAAUAAAGCAAGGGCAGAGGAGCUAGCUACGGCGCAGUUUAAUGCUACCAAAAAGGAAAUGUCGGCAAACGAAUCUCGAGGAAGUUUCUUUAAGAGGAGGAGGAGUUCGAAUAGGAGGUCCAAGAGGUUUUUCAGUUUGGGCAAAGAACACUGGGACGAUAUCCUAUUCUCCGACACCAUAUCCAAAUUCCCAGCCUAUGAAAGAGUUUUGUUGAAGCAUCCAGGUUUUACCAGACCAGUGAUCUUAUUCGGACCGAUUGCAGACGUGGCUAGAGAUAAACUACUUAAGGACUUCCCAGAUAAAUUUGUCUCACCACAGCUGGAUGUUUCUAACGAUGAAAACUCAAAGUCUCAAAAAUCUUCGUCAAAUAUUAUAAGGUUAUCGGCUAUAAGGGACGUAAUAUCGACUGGAAAGCAUGCUUUACUAGAUAUUACUCCAAAUGCAGUUGAACGACUCAACUAUGCUCAAAUGUAUCCGAUUGUGGUGUUUUUCAAGGCUGAAACUAAGAUGAUUGUCAAGCAGUUGAGGACCGGCUUACCAAAGACCGCACACAAAAGCUCAAAAAAGCUCCUGGAACAAUGCCAAAAACUGGAUAAAGUCUGGGGCCACAUUUUCAACUCCACAAUAACUUUAACAGACAAUACCGACACGUGGUAUAGAAAAGUUCGCGAAGUUAUCGAUAAACAACAAAGUGGCGCCUUAUGGAUGUCGGAAAGUAAAGAUAUUUACUCCGAUAUCUAUUUCCCUUCGAUUUUCCUUCAACCGAAAUCCACAAAUUCCCUUCCCGGUCGUCAUCGACCGUCGCGUACCCGCAAAUCAGCCCUUUCUAUGUAUAGUUCACCCCAGUUCAUUCAUAGAACAUCCGCUUAUAUUUCUCCAUUCAUUCCUGAUCGUUCAUCUAGUAUAUGUCGCGAAUGUUCCACUUAUCGUGACAGUUCUUGGUACGAAUUUACUCCGACACCAUCCAGAGAAUGUUCCCUUUAUGUUCCGGACUAUUCAAGAGCAGUGGCUCGGGAAUCACCCGAACCAGAACAGAAUAAUAAUGAAAGAAAUCCGGAAGAGUCUCUUUCCGACGACUUCCUCUUUCCCAUGUCUUCGCUACGUCUGUCUUAUGCGAGUUCUCCCGAAAGCGACUUGGAACACAGUCCGGGUCCGCCGACAUCUCCUUCGGGAAGUGGUGGACUUCCCACUCCUGGAAGACUCACCAAGGCGAGCUCGGAUCCGAGUGUAGUGAUGCCGUUAGAUAGUGGGGCUAGUGAUACUUUACCACCAUAUCAGCCCACCUACGAUUCUCGCUACGGAUUCAGCAACAGUAGUCAACCGAAUCAACAGCCUCCUCCACAAUCAACAGACAUUCCUCCAGAUUCUCCACUUACGAAAGACCCCUCCUACAACCUCUCCAACCCAGACAUUCCAUCGUCGAUCAACUCCACAGAAUUUAAUAAGGGAAGCGACAUUUAUACAGCAAACAUAUAUAGGGCGAAUGAAUAUAAGUCCGGAGAAUUUGGAGGUGGAGAGAGAAGAAACGAUUUUGAUAGCCCCGAUAGAACUAGCGGGGAAAGAGGAAUGCAACAUAAGAGACAACCAAGCAGUUUGCAUGGCCCCUACAAUCAUGCAAAAGCUCAUAGUUUGAGUAAUGAACAAGCUAUGCCAAACAGUCCUUUAGCUAAAGAAGGUUUAUAUGGAACUGCCCCAGAUUUACCUCCGAGGGUUGAUAGGGCAGCUAAACCUAUGGGAAUUCUAGCUACACCAGGAAAAAUCCCAAAUGGACGCAGUGCUCACGAAAGACUAUUUGGAUCAAAAUCGGUGAUCUCCGAAACUACCAAUGGAACAGAGAAUGGCGGUUUUGUGGAAAACAAUAAAGCAGGAUCGCUUGAGCGAAGCCAAAAUUCUAAAUCGGAUUCUCUCUCGAGUUAUGAUUCGUAUAACAAACAACCACAGACUAGAAUAGGACCCAACUUACAUGAUGAUCUCAAGACAACUCUUUCAAAAAUCGAUCCCGCUCAUCAAAAUAGUCCCAGUAGAGGAGGAAAUAGAUGGAACCAUGAUCAACCAAAUCAUCACAGACUUGGUGGAUCAAAACUAGAUUUAAAAUACAAUCUUCCCCCUGGUGAUCCAAUAAACGACAAUAGUCCGAGACAUUCGAGAGAAGUCCUUGGCGGUUCUAGAGAGGAAAAUGGAGCGGCAGUUGGAGAAGGAGUAAGUCCUAGAGGAUCUGUUGAAAGAGACAUUUAUAGAUAUGCAAGAUCUCCAGCCAAACAAAACAUUCCUGGCAAAUCUCAUAUAGAGACCAAGACUGACUAUGGCAAAUAUAGUAGGAACAAUAAUAUCAAUACCGUGCAAAGUCCUCAUCAUCCUUCCUCGGACUAUACCAGGACUUCUCAUCAAGACUUGCGUGAAUCUCAGUUGAGUAUCCAUCAGCAUUCUCCUAUGAGGAGUCCGCCCUCGAAUAUGAAUGGUUAUGAUAUGGAGUCAUCGCACCCAAACAUAAACACCUUAAACGGAAAUCAAUACAAACCAAUUCCGCCCCCUAAACCGAAAAACUACAAGCCGCCCCACAGUCAAAGUUACGGCAGGGGGGACGGAAUGGUACCACCUGCCAACAUUUAUCAGCAUGGAAAAAGUCACAGCAAUCCUGUGGACCCUCGUAAUACACACCCCAACUCACCUCACCAUAAUUACUACUACAAUUCGCCGCAUGCGCAAGCUACCCAUCACGCCUCCCCGUACAACCAGUCGUCAUUGGGACACUACGACAUGGCUCCCCCCUACCAUCACGAAUCACCGCGAAGACACCCGAGCAUCUCCUAUGCAAGCCGAAGCGAAAUUCAGCAAAUAGCCGCCCACGAUUAUGGUGGAGGUGAUCAUCAUCAUCAUAAUCAUGACAAUCAUCAAAUGGGCGACCAUCGAUCGCCCCCUGUUGUCGAUUUACAAGGUUCUAGAGAGCAACGGGGGUCCGCCUUCGAAUUGUAUCGGAAACCCGUUGGUCAUAACUUGAGGGGCAUAAAUCAUCAAGACCCAUAUCACCAUAAUCAUCCGGAGAGCGACUAUUAUGGAUCGCAACCCGAGUUGGCUCCCCCUCACAAACUCACUCAUUCAUCCUCAGCAACUAACUCGCCGAAAAUCAAGCCUAAACUAACCAAAGCGCAGUCGUUUAAGCAUAAUAAGAGCGAAAACGGUGGAGGGAGCGGUUUUAGCACGCCGAGGCUGUUUAGGAAAUGGUCCUUUGGGAGGAAGAGUAAGGAAGGAACGCCUAAGAUGGGGAAGAAGGUGAUGAGGGAGCAGUGUAUUAAUGAGAAUCAGGUUAUCAAAGAUUUCAACAAAAACUCGCAGGACUUCUCGAGACCCUCCAAACGAGACGUCACCUCCUCUUACGUAGAUCACAAGGGGGCCACGUUAGUGAACGAGUACUGGGGCGUAUCGUUGGAAGUUCCCGAGGGGGCAGUACCGAAAGGUGAAGAAAAACAAAUUUAUUUCGUUAUUUCCGACCCGCGGCUCUGCGACAAUGCUCCACCACUGGACUUGGAAAACGGUGAAACGAUGCUGUCGCCUUUAGUUAUGUGUGGACCGCAAGGUACUGAAUUUUUAAAGCCUGUGAUCUUAAACAUCCCCCAUUACGCCAAUACGCUCCCUAGUUUGGGAAUAACAUUAAAAGCGACGGAUUCCGAACAAGACGUGCACACCGACUGGGACAAUAUUCUGUUGCCUAGCAAUCAUGCGGCCAAUAGUGUGGCUGUAAAAGUUGAUCAUUUCUAAAAACACAAAUCAACUUGUAUAGUGCUUCCAAUUGUUUUAUGGUAACUUUGCCGGCAACCUAUAUUGGAAGUACUUUAUAAUGUUUUUUUUUUUAAGUUUGUAUGUGAUUUAUUAAAAUUCAAUAAUUAAUUAGUAUUAAGGAUAUUGAUUUAAGUGACAGUUUACUAGAAAUUUACAUUAACCUGUUGACUAUAUUUAGAUGCGGCAAUACAUAUCAGAUCUUUUAGGUUUUUAGAUUGUUAUAUUUCAUAUCUAUUGUUUAUUAUUUAAAUGUAAUAUGGCAUUUUUUACGUAUUGUAGUUUUAACUUUCUUUAUUUUGUAAUUGUAUAUUAUGGCAAUAUAUAUUAUUAUAUUAAAUUUAA